ACGUCGUCGAAUCAACUGUAAAUUAUUACGUUUUAAAAAAUAUUUUGAAUCAUUACAAAAACCCUUUGUUAAAUACAAUAUCAAUAAAUAUUGUCCAAGAAAUAUUACACAGUUGGUAUGGUCCUAUGACCUCCGCCUGAGCAGCCUGAUACCGGUAAGCUAAGCUAAGCUAAACAACACAACGAUAUAAUGGUGAACUUCGCAGCGAUGGUGCGUGAGCACUGGGUGAACGUACUGGUCCCACUGGGCUUUGUCAUAGGUGUCUACCUGGACAGGUGGAACGAUCAGAAACUGACAGCAUUCAGGAACAAGAGCGCAUUGUACAGCAGGGAACUGAAGCCUGGUGAGGAAUACACCUGGAAGUGAAAUCCUCCUCUGUAUUUAUUGGACUUCCUUCCUUGCUUUCAUAUCCUGUCAUGCUCAAAGCUGUAAAUGAGUUUUCAAUGUUUGUGAUGCAAAAUAUACAGAUAUAACCAAAAAAAAACCUGUGUUUUUGUAGUACUUUCUCAUUAGCAGACAAGGUUAGCGUUUCAGUUCAGUAGUAAAUCACCUUAUACUGGACAUUGCUUAAAUACCAGUUUACUCUUACUCUUCUGAGCUGAUUGUGGGAAAUGCAAAUGUGACCCUUG